AAGCACAGACCUGACCCAGACGGUCAAACAGGUGCUGCGAGUCUCCGAGCGCUGGCUCAGCCCCGAAGGAGAGCGGCUCCAGCUUCGCCCAGCCACAGGCGUUCGGUCAGGAUUUGAUUUCCGAGCCCUUUGGGGUUUAGGGGGUCGAAGCUCCCACUCGGUCAUAGGUCGUGUUCACGUUUUCUCUUGCAGUGGUGUUACAAAAUGAGAGGACGAUACAAAAGAAAGGACCCGAAAGAAAGAAGGGAUGAACCGACCGGCACCGGCGCCGGGCUCUCCCCUCGCCCGGGGGAACCCUCGGGGGGCUUGGACGAGCCUGACACACCUCUUCCCGUUUUCACCGUCCAGGAUGUGGGUGGUAGUAAACAAGGUUCAAGAUGUUCCAUUUACGGGUGUGAGAAGGUCUACCUUGGAGUACGUGUCAAAAUGCCCGUAAGGGAUCUACUGAGAAACAUCCGUCUAGCCCAGGGCUGGGAACCUCAACACAACCAGGAGACAUGCGGCAAAACAGUAAAAGGGGACAAGAAACGAGUCAAAACUCGCACAGGACGGCAAACUAUCAAGAGAACACACCUCACAAAAAGCCUGGAAGAGCUUGCAACUAUCAUCGAGGUGCUGGAAGAGGAUCUUAGGACCAAUAACACUGACCACUCCCCUUCCCAAACUUUGUCCUCCUCUUUCCCUCCAGUAUCCCCUGAGUGGUCUCCAACUGGAUACAACAGUGAUGAGUCCGAUGAAAUGACCCCCAGCCCCAUGUCCUACAUGACCUACUCACCAGGCACAGCAGCGUACCACCAGGCCCCGUCACCUCCUGGCUUCAUGUACAACAGCGUUCAGCCUUCCAGCGCUGCAAACGUGGGAAGAGGUGGUGGAAGAGGGGGGGAGUGGUUUGAUCCCCAGAACCACGACUGGAACCUGGAUAGUUCUGCUUUCUUCUGGACCCAACUCCAGAAAGAGGAGAGCCAGUUGAGGGACAUCUCUGAUGCAGUACUGCUGGCCACCGAUGGACAUGGCAGAACAGCUCUCCAUAAUGUGGCUUGUGUUGGAAAGAGGGCUCAGAGCUACGCCAUCGCUAAAAGGAUGGCCACACUCAACAGCUUGGACCUUAAAGACUCUGAUGGAAUGACCGCCCUCCUGCAUGCGGCGAAUCACAACCAUCAUCUUAUUGUGGCGGAUCUGAUCUGUUUGGGGGCCAAUGUCAAUGAGACGAACAACUCAGGAAAGUCAUGCCUCCACCUCAGCGCUGAGAAAGGCUACAUCCGAGUCCUGGAGGUUCUGAAACACACAAUGAUGGAUGGUGUGUAUGUUGACGUUGAAGCCACUGAUAACUGUGGAAUGAGUGUCCUGCAAUGUGCUUCGGUGGCCCUGAAGGCCACAGUAUGUGAGCUAGAAAGCAGUGAAUCCUCCAGUCAGCCCAGGCUCCACAUGCUCCGCCAAGAGCAGAUGAUGGAGACCCUGGAGUGUCUGCUGCACAUGGGCAGCUACCUUCAUACCAUGGGAAGCUGGAGCAUGCAACCUAGAAUUGGUUGACCUUGUGGCACAACUGCCCGGCAGGGCGUUUUGGAGAACCAACAGUAAUGUUCUGCGUUUGUUCAGGCUUGAAUUAGUCAUGAAGAGACCAUAAUUAGUGGGGUUCUUUUCUCUCUGAGAAUGAGUUCGGGCCUGUUACGUAAAGCAUUUGAUGUUUUGUGUGCGGUAAAAUGCCUGACUUGCAAUCAGGUAUUUAUUGUAACCUGCACAGAAAUGUUAGGUGCCCAUUAGCUGGUUUCUGUGAAACUUCCAUUGUUUGUUACAUUGGAGUAACAAGUUUUCCUCAGUUAGUGUGUCUGUGGAGACCCAGAUGUAAAAUCUUAUGAGAGUAAUUUAGAAAUAUGAUAGUAUAAAUAGAAACUGUUGGCUUUUUCAUGCCAUUUUUAAGGUUCCAAUUGUGUUUUAAAAGCCUGGCCCAUAAAUACAAGAGUUUCCAGCAAGGAGGGAAACUGUUAGUUCCCUUAAGAAAGUGUUUGUAGCUUAUAUUGCGAUAUUUAAGAAGCAGCACCACAGUUUGUUGCUGUAUAUAGUCCAAAACACCUUUGAUUCCAGUGACUGGGCUGACAUAAGAGUUGGACAAUAUAUUUGUCAAUAAAGAUUAUUCUAUUAGCCUUUCCACUGGAGCCCACCUUGACUUGUAUUCAAAGAGACUUGGAGCCAUAGAAUUUAUAUAUCGGAACUUCUAAAUUACUUUUGUACGAGAGGACGUGACAAGUUUUAGUAAUUAUUGUAUGGUGAUGGGCAGUAAAUCUAGUUUCAUUUGACUGUUUUCACAUGACUGAGCACAAUUUAAAAACACAGUUUUAGGCCUGUCGUGCAGGGAGUUUUGCUUUUGUUUAUGCAUUACCUCUUAGCAUACAGUUACCAAACACUUU